UAGUCAGGACGUAAGGAUGCCUGCGUCACAAACAGGCAACUUCUUUGAAAGAAACAUCAACAUGCCCCCUGGAUAUCAGUUACCGUUUUUGGAAGGUCCAGCUGGGGUACAACAGCAACAAGCCCCUUAUCUUGCUGCGAUUGCUGGUGUACCUUUGGCAUAUUCAGGACUACAGGGAUACAACUUCAUCCCCUAUCCACACCACAGAUACAUUGCGAACAUGAACAACUCUUUCGACCUGAAAGCUGUCUCUCCAUAUCAUCAAGCGCUUCUCGGCCGAGGAGGUCCAUUCUACCCGCAAUACCGACCAGGCGCAACCGAUGACCCGAUCAGAGUCGCCAAGGUGGCUACCCGGGAAAGCACCAGCGCGCUCAAGGCCUGGUUGAACGAGCAUCUUAAGAACCCGUAUCCCACGAAGGGCGAAAAGAUCAUGCUUGCUAUUGUAACCAAGAUGAGCCUCACGCAGGUUUCCACUUGGUUUGCCAACGCCAGGCGACGACUGAAGAAGGAUAAUAGGGUAAGCUGGGCGUCCAAGGGGAAGUCUGACGAGGAGGAGGAGGGCGAGAGCGACGAGGAGGAGGGCGAGGGCUCUCUGCAGAAAAGCCGUUUGGACGACGAAGAUGAGAUAGAUCCUCAAACCGUAGAUGACAAGGAGGAUAUUGGACAUAGAGUAUCCAACUCAACGCCAGAGCCGGUGAAUGCGCGCCUUGUGAAACAGUCAAACAACGACAAUAGAUCUGGUAGGCUCGCGGCGCACGCGGAAAAUGUCGUAAAGAAUGACACAGAACGCAAAUCAUUUCCAGCUCGCCUGGAAAGUAAAGAUAACGUUGAGUGUCAAAAGCCCAAAAUAUGGUCUUUGGCCGAAACAGCGACCUCGGAAACGGUGAAAAAGCCCCAGGACAGUGCUUGUCAUCCUGGCACACAAGUUGGCAAAUUCUGGGCAGAAUGGGCAUCAAGGAACGGACUGUAUAUUCCCGUAUACCUUGCUCACGAUAUUCUAUAACAGAGCAUUUACUAUUUAAAAUAGUCAAGGACACAUUUUUACAUCUUUUGCACUUUAAAAUGCCAAACUCAAUGUCAUGGGUCUACUUUUUGACGUUUACACAUGGACUAAUUUUCUAGGAAAAUGCUGGAUAUAUGUUUGUUAGGCUACUUGUAAGACCAAAGACUCUUACAGAACAUGUUAUGUUUUGUGUACAUAUUUGUAGAUAUAUUUUCGAUGAACACUGUAAAUUAUUAUUUAAUUUGUCUUAUCACCCAAAAAUAUUUUGGUAAA